CAGUGUAGCUGGAACGUUGCUGUAAAAUAGACGUGAUUUUCAUUUUUGAUUUCAAAACAUCUACACUUUUCCAUCCUAAAAAAGCGCGCGCUUCAUCAAGGAGGGAAUCUUUAAUAUAUAUAUACAUAUAUACAAUUCGAUAUAUACAUCCCGUGUGACUUGUUAUAAGAUUCCAAUUUGAUUCGAUUUAGGAGAGAAAAGAUACAAGACAGAGGAGAUCAAUAUGACCGGAAAUAGUAGCUAAUGUAACUAAUUGUAUAAAGAAAGAAGAUAUAUAGAGAUAUACCUCCUUGAGAAUCAACAAGUUUACCAGUUGAAUGACAAAUUUUGUGGUGUUUCCGCAGACAAAAUGAGCUCCAUUCAUAUUCAAGUGAAAAUUUAUCGUAGGCGAAAUCAAAUAGUGUGUCAAAGAAGACGAACGAAGAAGAAGACAACACGAAGUGCUGUACCAUGUCCAAGUCCCAACAAUUUACCACCGCUGACAUUUCAUCAGGUCCAUGGGGAAAAUAUUCGGAUCUCCAAUGAGCGCCGGGUAGCACGGCGCCAUGAGAGUUUCUGCAAGGGUAUAACAUUUAGUUCACGUCCUGUACGGGUCAAUGAGCGCGUUUGCGUCAAAUUCAAUGAGAUAUCCAACAAUUGGAGCGGAGUUAUUCGUUUUGGUUUCACCUACAAUGAUCCAAUGACACUUAGAUAUGGACUGCCCAAAUAUGCUUGCCCAGAUCUCACAAAUAAACCGGGAUAUUGGGUAAAGGCACUCAAUGAGAGCUACUGUGAACGUGACAAUAUCCUCUUUUACUAUGUCACAGCGUCCGGGGAUGUUCAUUUUGGGAUCAAUGGUGAGGAAAAGGGAGUGUUUAUUCCGGGAAUUGAAACGAGAAAUCCACUCUGGACAAUUAUUGAUAUCUAUGGGAAUUGUACGGCAAUUGAGUUCCUAGAUUCGAGGAAUUACAUCAAUCACAGGUAUCAGCAGCCAAGAAGAUCAAUUCCAGAUGCAGAAGUGGAGAGGAUUAUACCAAAUAUCCAAGCAUUGUCGGUACAAACGGGUCUGGGAAGUGGAUCUGAUGAGAUUCUUCCACCAAUUCGUUUUACACCCCCUCCAAAUACUCCCCUUGUUCCAUUACCCUUCCAUCGGACAAAGGGACGCAAUAUCCGUCUGUCCAUGGAUCGAUGUAUUGCCACGAGGAUGGAUACGGAAUUCUGUCAGGGAUAUGUCUUUACGGCUCGUCCGUUGAGAAUUGGGGAAAUUCUCAUUGUUCAGGUCCUAAGGACUGAAUCAAUGUAUGUUGGUGCUCUGGCUCUGGGGUUGACAUCAUGUGAUCCGGCUACACUGAUGCCCACAGAUCUGCCCGAUGAUUCGGAUCUCUUGCUGGAUCGUCCGGAAUACUGGGUGGUGAGCAAGGAUAUUGCUUCGACGCCAAAUCGCGGUGAUGAAAUCACCUUUUGUGUGACGGUGAAGGGUGAGGUGACUAUAAGUAAGAAUGGUGGUCCAGCCACAGUGGUGAUGCAUGUGGAUCAGAGUCUCGAACUCUAUGCCUUCCUGGAUGUCUAUGGAUCAACACAAAGUGUUCGGGUGAUGAGUUUACCACCACCAUCGCCUCCGCAGCCUCUACCAACGACCACUGCUGUGGCAGUUCCAUCGGCCAUUCUGCCCCAGAGUCAUCCAAAUGCUUCACCACGACGCCUGCAAGUUCAACUUCCUGGCUCUGAAUCGAUGAAUAGCAUCAGCAGUCAUGGUAGUCAGGUGGAACAGAGGAAACUUAUGCCAGUGGCUUGUACUUCGGCCAGUCGGGUGAUAAAUGUCCCAUCUACGAGGGAAAUGAUUCAACUGCAGCCCCGUGGGGCUGUUCUUGUGGUCAAUUUGCCACCAGAUGUGCUCACGAGUCAGCAAAUGUCCCCGCGAAUCCCCAGCUCAAACCUCCUUACAACACAAAGCAAUGCAACGUACAUUGAGCCUUACUCAGUGUCAUCGUCCAACCAUGUCAAUUCAAUAGCUGCCAAUUGGCAGCAGGAGGGAGCAAGUGGACCUAGCGGAGCUGGAACGGAGUGUACCAUCUGCUAUGAGCAUCCAAUUGAUUCUGUCCUCUAUAUGUGCGGCCACAUGUGCAUGUGCUAUGAGUGUGCUGUGCAACAGUGGCGAGGAAUUGGUGGAGGACACUGUCCACUCUGCCGGGCUGUCAUUCAUGAUGUGAUUAGGACGUACAAAUCAUGAUAUGGCGUCGUGUGAAUUGGGCUUCGUGGUUGAAGCAUCAAGUGAAUUAUACUCCAAAAUUAGGGAUUGGAAUGUCUCUUGGUUUGUAAAGUUUGGGGAUGCGUAGGGGUGACCCAAAAAUAUUGGGAUGCACCAUUUGUGACAUGGUGCGUUCGGUGCGAUAGAACACUUAAGAAAUGGCACUAUAUUGUGGUCAUUUGAAAAACAAAAACAAAAAGCUAGGCGGUAGAGAAAUAAAGGCACAUGCACAGCAAUUUUCAAUGAUGUUCAUAACAUAAAUAACACAUACGAAUUAUCCAAUAAUCAUGAUUGUAUCUUAUUUAGUUUUUUCAUGAAGUGACAAUUUGUAUCAGCCCCAUCAUUGGAAGGAAUUUUAUUUAGUGAAAUAACUGUCUCGAAGUCGAGAGAGAGAGAGAGAAAAAGGAGAAAUAUGAAUUGGAACUGACUGAUAUUGUACAUAUAGUUUAUAUAUAAUUAAAAAAAAAGAAAUGUAUUAUUUUAAUUUAUUUUGCACAUCACAAUUUAAAAGCUCUCUUAUAUUUUUCCUUUUCAAAAAAUUCUACACAGUAAAAAUCUGACAAUGCCACUUAUUUUAUUCCCUAUUUUUUUUAUACAUUACUCUAUUGACCAAAGGACAUUAUCUUUUAGCAUUCUGUUCUGCGAGAAAGCAAGACAAAAAAAAAACAUGAAAGAAAAAACUGAGCUAGAGGAGAAAUGCAUUUAGUGAGUGAAGGAGACAUAGUUUAAGAAAUUAACAUGCCAAAUUUUAAUACAAUUAUGAAGAAGAAAAAAUAAAUAAAAGAAAAAAAUAACACAUAGAAAUAUAAUUCUGCCAAAUAGAAAAAAAGAAGAAUCUCCUAUAUUGAUAAUCUCAUGGCCAGUUAAUGAAGUUGAAUUUUCAAUAAUCUUUUUUUCCUAUGGAUGUUGUAAUCACAUCAUCGACUUUUUUUAUAUAUUUGAUUCAAUCUUCCGUUAGUGUUGAAAAAUAGUGAAAUAAAUCUUUCUCAAGAUGAAAUGGAAUAAAACAUAUUGAAUUAUGCAUCAA